UUUUGGUAGACUACGUGGCUGGCGACAUUGCAGCCGUCCUCGCCAUGGCAUCAGUAUGACCAAGCCGCUGGAUCACCGCGUGCCCGUUGUCUCACCCUUCGCCUUUCCCAACAGAGCCCACUGCUGCCGAAAAAGUUACCACUGAUACGUGAUGAUUUGACACAAAAGUAUGGUGUUGUAAAAAAAUUUGCAAUAUAAUAGCCACGAAGUCAUAACUCUUUUUCUUUAAAAGAUGUUGUCCAAUUGAUAGAUCUUGUGUUGGAAAUUUCAUUCAGGUGAGUAGUUAUUUCAUUAUAUAAACCUGUGACGCCUUGAUUGACUUCUGGAUUAACUAAUUGCUGUAUUCGAUCCCUGCCGGUUGGUAGCUGCCGUGAAUAAUUGUUUCAUCGACAUCGUGAUUGACGGUUUCCAUUUUGUUGACUGUCUUUCUUUUGCAAGAGAAUUAUUGACUGCUGAGCUGAUUGCUGAAAGCCACACAAUGAUACACAACUCAGGAAGCAAGCAAGGUAAAAUUAGGACAAACAGAAAGAGAGCGUGGCCGGCCGUGCCGCGGUUAGCUAGCUAACAUGCUGAUGCUCGGCGUCCUGCUCCUUUUUUUGUUGCCGUUGUCGGCAACGGGAACGGCACAGCUCUGCGGCAGCGGCAGCAACUACGCCACCAACAGCACCUACCAGACCAACCUCGCCGCCCUUGCCGCUACUCUCCCCACUAACGCCUCCUCCUCCUCUCAGCAAUUUGCCACCGCAACCGCUGGCCAAGCACCCGAUGCCGUGCACGCGCUCGCGCUCUGCCGCGGCGACUUCGCCAACGACACGGCAUGUGCGGACUGUGUUGCCGCCUCAUUCCAGCACGCACAGCAGACAUGCCCCAACGACGAGGCCGCCACCGUCUACUACGACUAUGACGACGUAAACAAUCAGAGGCCAGGCUGCGUCCUCGGCUUCUCUGGCGACAGCGAUUUCCUCAGCCCAGCGGCCGGUCUCACCGAGAACGGCACGCUCUUCGAGGCAUGGAAUCCGGGGAACAUCUCCGCGGACGCCACCAUCACCGCCGCAGACGUCCACAAGCUGCUGACUGUGACAGCCCAGGACUCGGCCGCCGACGCGGCGAGGCGGUACUCCACAUCGGUCAUGGAUGCCGUGCCGACGCUCUACUCCAUGGCACAGUGCACGCCGGACCUCUCUGCGGGAGACUGCCUGGCAUGUCUCCAGCGGCUCAUCGGCAUGGUCAACGCCACCACGUCCAUGCGCCAGGGAGGACGGAUAUUCGUCCUGCGCUGCAACAUCAGGUUCGAGACGUUUAUGUUCUUCGACCAACCUAUGCGGCGGAUCAAUCCUUCCUCCAUCACUCAGGCUCCUCCAACAGGCAAGAUUAUGUACACGAACUGUUCGUUUUAUUUAAUUUUGUUUCAUGCGUGCCCAGACAGUUCAAAGAUUACUGUUGAUCAUGCUCUUGAUAAUUCGUCCAAGGAUGUUUAAUUUUAAAAUACAGGAAUCAAACCUUGGAUAAUUGCAUUAUGUGUGUCUUCUGCUGUGGCACUAGCUGCUUUCUGCUUCAUGGUUUAUCGUCGUUGCCUCAGAGGAAGGAUCAGAAAACGUGGAUUGCGAGAAAGGCGUACUAUUAAGUUGCACGGAGGGGAUCAUGAACUAGUAUGGGAUAUGGAAACAGGAAUGUUAUCAGGGUUUUCGUUUUUUGAGUUUGAUCAGAUACAGGAGGCCACGGGUAACUUUUCUGAAGAAAAUAAACUUGGAGAAGGCGGAUUUGGCCCUGUAUAUAAGGGGCAUUUUCUUCAGGGAAUGGAGAUAGCAGUUAAGAGGCUUGCUUCCCAUUCAGGACAAGGUUUGGUAGAGUUCAAAAAUGAAGUUCAGCUCAUAGCCAAGCUUCAACAUAGGAAUUUGGUGAGACUGCUGGGAUGUUGCUCUCAAGGAGAGGAAAAGAUACUGGUCUAUGAAUACAUGCCGAACAAAAGCUUGGACUUCUUCAUAUUUGAUGAACGCAGAAAAGCUUUAAUGGAUUGGAACAGACGUCUAUCAAUAAUUGAAGGAAUAGCAGAAGGCCUUCUUUAUCUACAUAAGCACUCUCGUCUGCGUGUUAUACAUCGAGAUCUUAAGCCAAGCAACAUUCUCUUGGACAAUGAAAUGAAUCCUAAAAUUUCGGAUUUUGGACUAGCAAAAAUAUUCAGCCCAAAUAACAACGAGGAAAACAGUACGAGAAGAGUAGUUGGUACAUAUGGUUACAUGGCUCCCGAGUAUGCUUCUGAGGGCCUAUUCUCUAUCAAAUCCGAUGUAUUCAGCUUUGGUGUUUUAGUUCUUGAGAUCCUUAGCGGGAAAAGGAAUUCUGGUAGCCAUCUAUGUGGUGAUUUCAUCAAUCUCCUCGGAUAUGUUUGGCAGUUAUGGGAAGACAGAAGAUGGAUUGAUAUUGUUGAUGCAUCACUUAAUUCAUUUCUUCCAAAGACUCACCCAACAGAAAUUAUGAGGUGCAUUAACAUUGCACUACUAUGUGUACAAGAGAAUGCAGUAGAUCGACCAAACAUGUUGGAUGUUACUGCAAUGCUAAGCAGCAAGACAAUGAUCCUACGUGAGCCUAAGCACCCACCAUAUUUCAAUCUAAGGGUAGGCAAUGAAGAGGAUACUUCUGCUACACAAUCAUGCAGUAUCAAUGGUGUUACGCUAUCUAUAGCAGCUGCUCGAUAGCAGUUUCUCUUUGAGUUAUGUGUUCUUUACUAAGCCGUAUGUAAAAUCAAAGAUUCUGUAGAUGUUGUACAAGGCAUAUACAUGUAGUGCAGAUAUGUUUCUCUAAAUCACAUUGAAAUGGAAUGUAUAUUGGAACGUGGACACAACCAAUCAAAACCAUGGUUGUGUUUCUAAUAAGGCUUCUUAUUAGAUAGUGGUAGCGAAGGUGAGUUCACAUCUCGAAGGCUGUAGAUAAUCCCACAAACUAAGAGGAAAAAUAAGGCAAUGUUGGAGAAGGACACGGCGGUAGACUAAGCCG